GGUUUUGUUUUCCUUUCUGCUUCGCAUCGACGUCACCUGCGGGCGCCUGCGCCUUCCAGAGCAGCGCUCGCAGCAACCACGCACGCCUCGCAAAGCACUGGAAAAAUAUCUACGAGCUGUGGCACACCUAGACGACCUCUCUAGAGCUUGUUUCGAUCUGACACUGCCUUGCAUUCUUUGUUGGAGUCGGGUAAACUGAUCAUGUCUUACCCCGCUAGGUCCAUUGAGCUGAAGAACAACACCGUGAUUAUCGUUCUGGGAGCAUCUGGUGAUCUGGCAAAGAAGAAGACUUUCCCCGCCCUUUUUGGCCUUUUUCGCAACCAGUUCCUGCCAAAGGACAUUAAAAUUAUCGGAUAUGCCAGAACAAAAAUGGACCACGAGGAAUUCCUCAAGCGGGUCAAGUCUCACAUAAAGACACCAACAAAGGACAUGGAGCAGCAAUUGCAGGAGUUCUGUGAGCUCUGCACAUAUAUUUCGGGGCAGUACGAUAAGGACGAGUCUUUUGUCGAGCUGCGGAAACACCUCGAGGAACUUGAGAAGGGACGGAAAGAAGCCAACCGUAUCUUCUACAUGGCGUUGCCACCCAGCGUCUUCACUACAGUGUCCCAACAUCUGAAGAAGAACUGCUAUCCCACAAAGGGCAUUGCAAGAAUUAUUGUCGAGAAGCCGUUCGGAAAGGAUCUGGCGAGUUCCCGAGAGUUGCAGAAGGCAUUGGAGCCCAACUGGCAUGAAGAGGAGAUUUUUAGAAUCGAUCAUUACUUGGGGAAGGAGAUGGUGAAGAACAUUCUGAUUCUGCGGUUCGGCAACGAAUUCUUCGGCGCGACGUGGAACCGCAACCACAUCGACAACGUACAGAUCACUUUCAAAGAGCCGUUUGGAACAGAGGGCCGUGGUGGAUACUUUGAUGAGUUUGGUAUCAUUCGAGAUGUUAUGCAGAACCAUCUGCUGCAGGUCUUGACGCUUCUGGCGAUGGAGCGACCUAUUUCUUUCUCUGCGGAGGAUGUCCGAGACGAGAAAGUCAGAGUCCUUCGAGCUAUCCCAGCCAUCGAGCCAAAGAACGUCAUCAUCGGUCAAUAUGGCAAGUCAUUAGAUGGAAACAAGCCCGCUUACAAGGAGGAUGAUACGGUGCCAAAGGAUUCGAGGUGUCCAACAUUCUGUGCCAUGGUGGCAUUCAUCAAGAACGAGCGAUGGGAUGGCGUACCAUUCAUUUUGAAGGCAGGCAAGGCUCUCAAUGAGCAGAAGACCGAGAUCCGGAUCCAGUUCAAGGAUGUCACUUCCGGCAUCUUCAAGGACAUCCCCCGGAAUGAGCUUGUCAUGCGAAUUCAGCCAAACGAAAGUGUCUACAUCAAGAUGAACUCGAAGCUUCCUGGUUUGAGCAUGCAAACCGUUGUCACCGAGCUCGACUUAACCUACCGACGACGAUUCUCCGAUCUCAAGAUCCCAGAGGCCUACGAGUCUCUCAUCCUCGAUGCCCUGAAGGGUGACCACUCCAACUUCGUUCGUGACGAUGAGUUGGAUGCCAGUUGGAGGAUUUUCACGCCCCUUCUCCACUACCUGGACAACAACAAGGAAAUCAUUCCCAUGGAAUACCCAUAUGGUUCCCGAGGCCCUGCCGUUCUUGACGACUUCACUUCAUCCUACGGUUACAAAUUCAGCGACGCAGCCGGCUACCAGUGGCCUACGACCUCGACCACGCCCAACAAGCUGUGAGUAUGCACUAGAUCUAGAGCUGGAACGAUAGAUAGAACGAAUUCACGUUGAUUAUGCCUCCCCCCAUAUAGCUGAUUAGCUCGACUGGCUUCGUCCUUCAGCUUCCCUAUGUGGCACGGUCUUUCAUACGAUUUUCUUCUGUGCAUCAUCCAUUAUUUUUUGUGCAGUGGCUUCGUUGAAGGUGGGGGCUAAAAAGCCAAUAUGAAUUUCAUAGUUGGUCUUCUUUCGUUUGUACGCUAGACGUCUUCAAAAACGGCGGAAAUGAAUAUGACGAGUGGAUGGAAGGCACAUAAUGACGAGAGCGCUCAAUACAGUUUGUAUUCAUCAGGGGCUCACUACUUCAUCUUGAUAUUCUGAUUCCUGCUGCUCCGCGAGAUCCUUUACUAGAGUCCUUUAUGUGCCCAAGUCUUUCGCGUUUCAUUCAGUUUCAGU